GAAAGCAAAUAGUUGUGCAAAGCAAUACACACGAACAAUGAUAUUUACCUGUUAAACAUGGAUUCUAUAAACCUGUGUCAUAAAGUUGAAAUCUAAGAGAGCUUCGUACAAAGGUAUAUAAAAUACUGUUAUCAAACAUGAUAAUUAGGUUCAAAGUUCACAUAGUACGGACGAUAAUAUAGUAUAGUAAACACGAGGGAACGACUUAAAAUGAUAUCAAUUAUUAUAAAAAGGACUAUGAAAUAUGCCAAAAAGUCAUAAACGAUCGCCAAUUAUAACUCGGAAAACUUUGUAUUGGAUUCUUAGUGUAUCUGUUGUGUGUUAUUUAUUCCAUCUAUCUGUUGAUGUCCAAAAUUUGUCUAGAUUCGUUGAAGCUGAUCCCAACGAUGUUUUCUACCUCCUCAAAGAUCCAGUCAACCUUCUCAUUUUGCAUCCUAAAGUAGUUGAAAUACAGAUACUAGACAGACAUUCCCAGAUGACUCUGGACUUUGCAGAGUUUUACAUGACAGAACAGUUAUCCUUCGGAAAUUCGACAACUCUGGUUAAUAUGGUGGCAAAUCCUGUCGAUCGAUCAGUGUCUCUCAAAGUCAAUACAUUCCUCGAUCUAUUACACAUUUCUAUUGAUUGGAAAAUCCACAGUAAGAACAAAGGUACAAAGACAUACACUCAAAUAGAGGAAGAAAUCCGUGUCAAAUGUCCAAUGUUAUUCAAAUAUGUCAUUGGAGAUCUAUUGUAUGAGUAUCAUCAUAUUCUCAUGGACAGGAUUCAACUAAAAUACUCAUCUGAACCUAGUAUUGCUCUCAUGUGAUCUAGCAUAAUCUGUGAUAUUUUAUUAAAUUUUGUAAUAAAUGAAAGAAUUAAAAUGUUUGUGGCUAUUUCAAA